CACGCCGCUAGUGAGAGAUUCAGACUGUUCCUAACCUCACUUUCUGUCUACAGACGAUGUCGCCGUGCGCGCUACCCCUCGUGGCAGCUUUCCUGUUCUACGCAAGCGCAGCAAGAAUACCUUACCGGACUCCACUGUUCAUCGACGAGAACUCGCUUUCGCCGGUAGCUAAAUAUGGUGCUGCAGGCCCUACUGUGUACGAGGCUCGUAACUGGGUGCGUAUCAAGCACAGCGGACCUCGCAUGUCCAGAGUGUCUGUAGGUGGCAGACUGGAGCUGGAGUGUGAAGCCAAUGGCAGCCCUCCACCCACCGUCCAGUGGUACCACAACAACCAGCCAGCCUCACAGGGUGUAGACGAGAGCAAUAGCAUUGGAGGCCUGAGACUGGGUAACGUCAAGGCUCGGCUCGUACUGGACUGCGUCACUCCGAGACACGCAGGACAAUACACCUGUGUAGCGAUAUCAGGAACCGAGACUGUCACUUCCCUACCAUCAAUACUCUCUGUCUCAGGUAACAACGCCUCAGGUCUGCUGCCCUCCUGCUCACAGCCAAUGAUGUCGCCACCUCGGGUUCUUGCGUGGAGCCCCAACAUGAUGGAGACCAUCGGCAACGACGUAACGCUCCCUUGUGUCACCUCUGGAACUCCAAGUCCCCAGGUCUACUGGCUGGAUGGUCAGAACCGACUCAUCUCUGGUGACGACUUACAGACUGACGAUAGGUAUAAGGUUCUAGACUCCGGAGACCUGAUGAUCUCAGCGGUCCGUUGGUCAGACAUGGGUCACUUCACCUGUGUCGCUGAGAGUCCUCUAGGCAGGGAUUCUGUCACCACAUUCCUCUAUCCCAUGUCACAAGACCGUUAAGUUACAACUAACGAAGUACAACUGACUUGGGGUUAAGAAGAAAUGAAUCUUAAUUUUAACCUUAUGUCCAUCUAGUCAACAUUCAAUGUUUCUAUGAGUUUUAGUAUUUAUAUAAAAAUUAGUACUUAUGUAAUAUCAGAUAAAACUAUCUUAGGUUAUUUCGUUGUUUCUUACCAUUGAUAUUUUUAAUUAAUUAUUAAAAUGUAAACAAAAUAUAAACCAUUUCAUGUAGUAUUAGAUUUUUUACUUAAUUUUUUAUUUCAUAGUAGUAGCUACGUUAUGGUUUUGUAUUAUUUAUUAUUUUAUAUUAAGGUUUAGUCUAAUGAAGAUCUUGAACAUAAUUGCAUACAUGUUCCAAAGUGUCCAGUGUGUCAGUUUUAUAAUUUUAAUUUGAUGUAUUGUCUAUUUUUAUAUAUAAGGUGCAGUUCAAGUAACAGUAUUUUAAAAUUAAUAGGUGAACUAGUUGUAAUGAGUGUUAUUUUUGUUGAAAGAAGCAUUUAUUUUGGAA